ACCACCUCAUGUUCAAGUACCUCCGCGGGAGAUUCCCCUGUAACCGCUCAGGGCGGGACCGGCGGAGGGCUCGUCUGGUCUCCAAGGAUGGAAGGUGUAACAUCGAGUUUGGGAACGUGAGGGAGCAUUCAAAUGUUGGCUUCCUUGCGGAUAUUUGGACAACGGUUCUUGAUCUCAAGUGGCGGUACCAGAUGGCCAUCUUCAUCACCGCGUUUCUAGGCAGUUGGUUUCUCUUUGGCUUGCUGUGGUACGCUGUGGCUUACGUGCACAGGGAUCUGCCCGAAUUCGCCCCUUCCCUCAGCCACAUACCUUGUGUGCAGAACAUCAAUGGGUUGACUAGCGCCUUCCUCUUCUCGCUCGAGACUCAGGUCACCAUCGGUUACGGCUUCCGAUGCGUGACGGAGCAGUGCGGCGAGGCGAUCUUCCUGCUGGUGGCGCAGUCCAUCCUGGGCGUCAUCGUCAACUCCUUCAUGUGCGGAGCGAUCCUGGCCAAGAUCUCCCGGCCCAAGAAGCGGGCCAAAACCAUCACCUUCAGCAAGAGCGCCGUGAUCAGCAAACGCGGCGGCAAGCUCUGCCUCCUCAUCCGAGUGGCCAACCUCAGGAAGAGCCUGCUAAUCGGCAGCCACAUCUACGGCAAACUGUUGAAGACCACGGUGACCCUGGAGGGCGAGACCAUCAUCAUGGACCAGGUCAACAUCAAUUUCGUAGUCGACGCUGGCAAUGAGAAUCUGUUCUUCAUCUCCCCCCUCACCAUCUACCACAUCAUUGAUAAAACCAGCCCCUUCUACGAGAUGUCUGCCGAGACCAUCAAGGAGCAGGAUAUUGAGCUGGUGGUCUUCCUAGACGGCACAAUAGAAGCCACCAGUGCCACGUGCCAGGUCCGGACAUCCUACAUCCCAGAGGAAGUGUUCUGGGGCUACCGCUUUGCACCCAUUGUUUCCAAAUCCAAGGAGGGGAAAUAUAGGGUUGACUUCUCCAACUUUGGCAAGACAGUGCAGGUGGACACCCCUCACUGCGCAUACUGCCUAGAGACUGAGAAGGAGAUGAAGGACAAUGCGAAGAGGUCCUAUGACAACCUGGCGUUGCAGGUCAAUGAGGUCAAUGAGACCAAGAUGUGAAAGUGUGUUUGAAACUGUGAUCAACCUUGCGCUGGUGCCUCUCACUGCUUUUACAGGUCAUUUAUAUACCCCGUGCACAAUGAUCGCUGCCCCUGUACGCAGGGCGCACAACCUCAGUGACUCACGGGCCAGCCGUGAUACCAGGCGGGGUUGUUGCAGCAAGAUGGGGUCGAGUGAGGUAAACGGCGCAGGUCAGCUGUGAAGCAAGGAUCGACUGCCCAAGCUCACGUGUCAUAAA